CAGUGCUCUUGGGCGCCAAGAUAAAAUUUUAUAAAGUUAUGGAUAUUUUAUACUACAAGUUUAUUUGUGCCACUAUUUCGAUUUCGAGUUCUUGCAUCUAAACGUUUUCGGUGUUGUGCACGGUGCACGUCACAGUUUUUUUUUUUAAAGCAGUUUUUUGAUUUAUCUAGUUUACAGUGUUCGCCAAAGACGUUUCUUCAGACCAGGAACAACAUUAAUCAAAAUAUUGUUGUGGUUAUAAUAAUAUUAUAUUAAAUGGAAUUCGCCGACAACAUAUUAACACGUAUGUAAUUCAUUGAAGACAUAAUAUCGUGAUUGUUCGAAGUCACGUUAACUAUGUCUAAUUCGACGCUGGCAAUGAAAGUGUUAGAAACUCAUAAAAUCCCGUUCCUUUCUGGAUUGGAUCGCAAUAAUGCGAGAGGCGGUUGGAUUGACAGCACUCAAUAUGCAUGGUUCACUAACGAGGCCAACCUCUAUCUCUACUCGACGAAAACUAAGUGUGUUGAGUAUUCCAGAUCGUUCAGUGACAUUCAAACCAACAAAUCGUUAAAGAUAACCUUUGUCAAAGAAUUACACAAUAGCAAAAAAAUAAAUAAUUUAUUAUUAGUUGGAUGUUCAUUUAAAUCUUCUGGCAUAUUGUUUAUAUGCCUAUUACCAAAAUUAACCACAAUUUGUUGUAUUGCUUUACCAAGUCCUGUAUCAUUUAUAUCAAAGAUACUAAAUAAAUCACUUCCUAACAAUCAACUUAGUAAUGAAUUAAAACAAAUGUCUACUAUAUUGUUAGUUGGUAUGGCAACAGGAGAAGUUUAUGCAAUCGAUUUAAAAGAACAUUACAUUAAAAACCAAUUGGAAAAGAAUAAAAUUGAUGUAAAUGAAUUAAAGCUUAAUAAAUUAUUCAUUAUAAAGAAAAAUUGUGAUUAUCAAAAAGUUGAGCAGAUGAGUAAUGACAACGACUACCAUUUAGCAAUGUUAAUUAAUGAAAAUUUUUGUACUUAUUAUAGAAAAAAAUACAGUGACAAACUAGACUUCAGCGUAUCUAGUUUAUUAUUUAAUGGAAACAUUAAUGCUGUUGCUAUAGGAUAUUCCACAGGUCACUUACAAUUAUGGGACUGUACACUUAUGCAAUCAAUUUGUGAAUUAAAAAAGCCUAUAUAUGAUAUGCCAAUAACCCAUUUUCAUUUUCUUGAACCACCUGUUGAUCCAAAAAAUAUUUGUUAUCUUUGGGUUAUUCAAUCAAAUAAUUCUGAACUUCCAAAUGCAAUGAUGAUUGCUUUAAACUAUGAACAAAAAAUUAUGAUGUCAAAUGGCUGUUGGUUAUACAAAGUAAACAAAAAAAAUUGUAUACAAUUAAAAAUGACACUAUGGAAAGAAACUGGAUUUGGUCAAUGUAUAGCCGCAUCAACUUUAUGUGAUGACGCCUGGGUCAGAAAUGACAAUGGUUUUGAGAAACGUUCUGAAAUUAAAUUAUUUGGCAUGUUAAUGGAAAUUUAUCGAUAUUCAAAUGCAAGCCCUGAAUAUUACAUUUUUUUGUUUGAUAUUAACCAGUGGUACAAAGCCCAGAAGCCAAAAAUAAUAAGUCAUUUUAAAGUAUCAAGUUCCUAUGCUUCUUUUGUGAAAUUGUCUUAUAAUAUUAAUCAUAUAGAUUUAAAUACUUAUGAUGAAACAUUACGCCCAUUUAAUUAUAAUUAUAGAAUUAAUUUUGAAGAACUUUAUUAUCCAUCUUCAACAUAUUUUGAAAUGUUGGAUCAAUUACUUUUAAAAAAUUGGAGCUUGUUAAUAUAUCCAAAGUUAAUAUUCAACCAGUGUUUAUUAGCAAAUUUAAGACCAUUUUUUUGGGAUAAAUCAGAUAAUUAUCUAAAUUACAGUUUGCCUGAUAAAGUAAAUUUUGUAGUUUCUAUUCUAGUAGAAAACAACAUUAUGUCAAUUUUUAAUGCAUGUACUGAAGAAUAUAAAAAUGGAACUAAUGGUUCUUCUGAAGCAAUGCUUUUAUUAAUGCAAUGUCUUUGGAAUCACUUUAAACUUGUCAAAAAAUAUGCUGAUCAAUUAUGUGAUUCUUUAUUUGACUGCUCAGAUAAGAUAUUUUGCAAUAAAAAUGAAAGAAUGUUAUAUAAUUGUUUGUCUCAAAUGUUGCAAAUCUUAAAUUUUUAUGAAAGUUUGCAUUCUAUUGACGACAUUCAAAUAUUAAAUGUUGACUUAGUUUAUCAAGAAAAAAUAAUGAAGUCAGCUACUCAAUAUUUGCAUGCACUUAAUUAUUUUCUCAGUUUAAAACUCUUACCAAAACAAGAAAAUUCUGUGUGUCAAACUAUACAAUUUGAUUUUAAUUCUCUUAUCCAGUAUUCCAAUAAACGUCGAAUGGACUUUGGAGAUUUACAAUUAUAUCUUAUUGACGUUGUUAUUACAAAUGAAACUAAUGGAUAUAAAUCAAUCGAACUAUGUCAACAUGAAUGUGUUAAAGAAACUAAAAGCUUGUAUCCACCUUCCAAUGUUCAAAGUCUAUUAAUGGUUUAUUUGAAUACUGAACUCUUGAACACUGUCAAAGAUUUUAUUAUUGCUUACUUUUUGAUUGAUGCCUGUUAUUUGCAAAAUUUGAAUGAAACAACUACAAAUCUUUUGCGCAACGUUUCUUAUAAAAAUGAACGAUUGUACAAACUUUGUAAUGCCAGCUGGUUUUUAGAUCAUGACAUGUUUGAAGAUGCUAUGCUUAUCUUUGCCAGUUAUAAUGAAUGGUUGAUUGAUGAUGAAUCUUGGAAUUGGUUUCAUUGGAGUGUCAUGAAGCUACUAGUAUUUAAAGAACAAUAUUACUGGGCACAAUAUUACUUAAAUCUCUUUAAAAUAAAAUUAAUCUCUCUUGAUGAUCAUAAAUUUUAUGUCAAUUUACUUAUAAGGAAUAGAAAUUGUUUUGAUGCUUUGUGUUACAUGCAUUCAAGAGAUAUGAAUGAAAAAAAUAUUUUAUUUGAAAAUAUUUUUGAACAAUGCAGAAAUACUAACCAAUUGCAACGAAUUCUCAACUAUCCUUUAGAUGAAAACGAAAAAGUCUUAUUUGUUUCUUGUUUACAAAAAUUUGAUGACACUAAAUCAAUUCAUUUAAAAUUUUUAUUACAAGAACAAAGGUAUUCGGAAGCCCUUGAAAUACACAAAUCGAUAGCCAAAACAAAAAAUGUUUGUAUCACAACUGGUUUGAUGAACACAUUUACAAACAUACCUCCAAUUAACAGAAGAGAACUCAAUAAAAAAAUAUAUUCUGAUGAAGAAACCACUAAGUUUUGGUUUAUGAUGGGUACAAAUCUUAUUAAUUUCAAAAACACGACUCCCAUAAGAAAAAACAAUAAAUCUUUUCAAAUUAAUCUUAUUAUACCAGAUGUCAAAUAUAAAGAUGAAAAUAUUGACAAACUAGAAGAAUCCGAUGUUAUACUUGGUGAAGCAACUGAUGAAAUGAAUUUAGGAGAACUAAAUAUUACAUUAAGAAGUGAAGAACAUUUACAAAAACUAGAUUAUGUCACACUUGAUGAAACAACUGAUAAAAAUAAUUCAGUAAAACCAGUUAUUUUAAACGAAAAUGAAAAAAAAUUAGAUGAACACAAUUUUGCCAUACUUAAUAAAGCAGCUGAUGAAAAUAAUUCAUUAGGAUCAUUAAUUUUACACGAAAGUGGAAAAAAAUUAUAUGAACCCGAUUUUGUCAUAGUUAAUGAAGCAACUGAUAAAAAUAAUUCAGACAAAUCUGAUAUUGCACAUGACUGUGAAUAUAAAGAAAAUUUAGAAGAACCAAAUGUCAUAUUCUCCGAUGGAAGUGAACAAAGUAGAGGGAAAUUGGUUUCACUAAUCAAAAAUAGAAAAAUAGAAAAUGAUAAUAGGGUAGAUCUCCAUAAUGUAAAAUAUCUUAGAGAUUGGCUCUUUAAUACAUUAGAAAAUCCUACUCCUUAUUUUAAUAGCCUUACUGAAGAGCAUCAUUCAAAUGAUAAUAAUCAAAUGUGGGAUGGUGAAAAUGAAAAUACUCUUGGUAAUGUAAUUGAUGAUGACAAAACUUCUUUUAUAAUUAAAGAAGAUUGUUGUGUAACCAAAGCAUUAGAAGAAAAUACAGCCGAAAAUUCAAAUAUACCUUUUUAUUUUGAAGAAGACAUUGAAAAUUGUAAAGAUGAUUUAUGUGAUGAUCCAAACAAAGAUUAUCAUGAUGAUGAGUAUACCCUUUUUAACAAUAUUUUUUUGUGAAUUGCCAAAAAAUGAACAUAAUCCUCUACCUGAAUACAGUUUUUAUCAUUUUAAUAUGAUUGGAAAUAAAGAAAAUCAACUAGAAAUAUGUGAAACACCGUUUCAGCAAACAUCAGUUUUUUUUUAUGAAUCACAUUUAGACGAUUUUAGUUUAGAAACACAUGCAGAAAAAAGUAGAACCCGAGAUUCAACUGUAGAUAACCAUGAAGAAAUAGUUACUGAUGAUAUAUCAGAAAAAAACUGAAUCAUCUUGUAUUUCUCAAAAUAUGGAUAAUGUAAAAACUUACUUACAUUAAAAAAAAAAAAAAAAAUAAUAAGUGAAUUAAAACAAUUAAAAAAAUAGUGAA